AUGCUAAGAAUAGAGUUCGAUAGAACGAAAGAGCGAUAUAGCGAGAUAACAUUUCUUUAUUUUAAAAUUUCGCGUACCGGUAUUUCCUUGACAAUGUUUCGCACUGCUGUGGUGUUGACUCUAAUGUGCGCUAGUUGCACCCAAAUAAAUGGAUUUCCGCAUCCACCGCUGACAACUUCAGCCCCGCUGUUAGAUGGCGUCUACGAUGAAAAGUUCGAUAAUGUAGAUUUGGACGAGAUACUGAUCCAAGAGCGAUUACUUAACAACUACAUAAAGUGCUUAGAGAGUGCCGGCCCCUGUACACCCGAUGCGAAAAUGCUGAAGGAUAUUUUACCCGAUGCAAUCUUGACUGAUUGCACCAGAUGUACAGAAAAGCAAAAAAUUGGCGCCGAGAAGGUUACCCGCCAUCUUAUUGAUAAUCGACCUAGCGACUGGGAGCGUCUUGAGAAAAUUUACGAUCCGGAAGGUACCUAUCGUAUUAAGUACCAAAAUUCGAAGACAAAUGGCAAUUAGGAAGUUAUUGUAAAUGUUAUGGAUCAGUUGCAUAGCGAUUCCUAAAUUUGUUACGAUUUUUUUUCCACAGAUUAAAUAAAUGAGUACAUUGUAUGUAUUUA